AAAAAGCCCAGUCAGAAAUAUCUGCCGUGUCGUCCUCGGUAGCCAUCUCCCUUCCUCCCUCCCUUAUCCGUAGUUGUACACUGUACAGAUAUAUGCAGAGAAGCAUCUUUCUUUCCGAGAGCUUUUAUUGUCGAUGGCAAUUAUUACAGCGUCGUCACUGCCAGGCCUCAACCUCUUCUCCUCUCUCCCUUCGACACCACCCCCAAAUGACCCCUCUAUCCCGACCUCCUCAAAGCCUCCUCCCUCCCCGCCUAUCCCUAUACCCAAAUACCCUCCUCCUACUCCUCUCAAAAACUCCACCAAACCCCCUACCAACCCCGCCCUCAAAACCCUCCACCGCCGCACCAAAUACUUCAAGCCCGUCAAGGAAGGUGUCAUUGCCUCCGACGGUGACCGCUCCGUCAUUGUCGGCGAUUCCGGUGUCUCCUAUCUCCUCCCCGGAGCCCCCUUCGAGUUCCAGUACAGUUACUCCGAGACCCCCAAGGUCAAGCCCCUGGCCAUCCGCGAGCCCGCCUUCCUGCCCUUCGCCCCGCCGACUAUGCCGAGGCCCUGGACUGGGAAAGCCCCAUUGAAGAAGAAGAAGGAUAAAAAGGUUCGGCUCUUCGACUCGUUCAACCCUCCGCCACCGGGGAAGAUGGGAGCUAAGCAAAUGGAAAUGCCGGGCCCGCUUCCGUUGGGAAAGUAUCCGAAGGAUGGGAAAACGAGGGAGGAAAUACUUGGAGAGCCUCUGAAGAAGUGGGAGAUCAAAAUGUUGAUUCAACCCCACUUGAAAAAUAACCGCCAGGUCAAUCUUGGAAGGGACGGGUUGACGCAUAACAUGUUGGAGCUGAUACAUUCACAUUGGAGGGGGCGGCGCGUUUGUAAAGUUCGUUGUAAAGGAGUUCCCACUGUAGAUAUGAAUAACGUUUGCCGUCAUCUCGAGGAAAAAACUGGGGGAAAAAUCAUUCAUCGUGUUGGUGGUGUAGUUUAUCUUUUCCGUGGCAGAAACUACAAUUAUCGCACUCGUCCACAGUACCCAGUGAUGCUCUGGAAACCAGCUACUCCAGUCUACCCAAAACUUAUCCAAGAAGCUCCAGAAGGACUUACAAAAGCUGAAGCUGAUGAAUUUCGAGAGCAGGGAGAGAAACUUUUGCCAAUAUGUAAAUUAGCAAAAAAUGGAGUAUAUAUCACCCUGGUGAAAGAUGUUAGGAAUGCUUUUGAAGGAAGUCCAUUAGUGAAAAUUGACUGCAAAGGGAUGCACGCAAGUGAUUACAAGAAGUUAGGUGCUAAGCUUAAGGAAUUGGUUCCUUGUGUGUUAUUAUCAUUUGACAAUGAACAAAUACUAAUGUGGAGGGGACGAGAUUGGAAAGCAAUGUACCAAGAUGCUCCUUUAGCCUCAAUGCCCUCUGAAUGUGGGAUUGCAGAUGAUAUCAAUUCUUCAGGCAAAGAUGAUGAUUGUAUUGAUGCUGAUGCCAAAACAGUGAGCACUAGCCCUAAAAUGAUGGCGUUGUGGAAGAAUGCAAUAGAGUCCAGCAAAGCUUUAUUGCUGGAUGAAACUAAUCUUGUUCCUGAUGCUCUUUUGAAGAAGGUGGAGGAAUUUGAGGGUAUUUCACAGGCCACAGAGCACUCCUAUCCAGCAUUAAUCUUUUCGAGCAAAGGUGGAAGAAGCAGCUCAGUAGCAGAAUCUGAAGAUGAUCCUCAAAGUGACGUUUAUACUGAAGAUGACAUCUACAGUGAUAGUGAUGACGACGACGAUUACGUAGAUUAUGAUAGUGAUUCAUUUGAAGAUGUGGACUCAUCAGUCCCGCUGGGUUCCUUACCUGUCGAUACGAUAGCAGAAAAGCUCAGAUGGGAAUGAAAUUGCAAAGAAGGAUCUCACAAAAGUACAAACGUGGGUUUGCGAAGUUGCUUACUUUUUACUAGAAGAAAAUGAGGAGCUUGGUAGCUUAAGAUUGGAGGGAGGAAAGGGAAGAGUAGAAAACGAAAAUAUGGGAAAUGUAUAGAUAUGUUUGACGGGACAAUCUUGUUGUCUUCAUCCGUAGCUGGAUCACAUGGGUGUUGCCUAAUCAAAUAUUUUGGGCAAUGAAGAUGGAAUUGUUGCACUUGCCCCAACUGUAUCUUUGUAGAUUAUGAAAAUCUCUAUAGCAGCAUUUCUUUUCCCA